AUGUCUAAAGUUUAUGUCGGGAACCUGAGUUUUAGUACAACCGACGAUACUUUACGAGACGCAUUUGCUGAAUUUGGUCAAGUUACGGACUCGAUUGUUAUGCGCGAUAGGGAGACAGGUCGGAGCAGAGGCUUUGGCUUCGUUACCUUUGCAUCCGACCAGGAAGCUGAGGGGGCGGUAGAAGGGCUCAAUGAGCAGGAUGGUGGUGGUGGUGGCUAUAGUGGUGGUGGUGGCUAUAGUGGUGGUGGUGGCUAUGGUCAAGGCGGCUAUGGUCAAGGCGGCCACUGA